GGCCCUUUGCGGCGCGUAGUUUGCAUCCCCGAUCGAAAGGAAAAAUUAUUUGAUUGCGAACAUUUUCGAUUAAAAUUCUUUUUACAAUCAAACAGGAUGCUUUCACGUGUAGCAUUGUUAUCUGCUGCCCAACGACCAGCAGCUUUAGCCUUGAUCCGAGGAACAUCCACAACACCUCUUCCAGGCUUUGAACGACCGGUUCGUGCUGAAUAUGGUGGCAAGGUUCGCAUGGGAUUCAUUCCAGACGAAUGGUUUCAAUUCUUUUACCCAAAAACAGGUGUCACUGGACCUUACGUCUUUGGUACAGGAUUGAUAACAUAUUUAUGUUCAAAAGAAAUAUUUGUGAUGGAGCAUGAAUUUUAUUCCGGUAUAUCAUUGUUCAUUAUGGUCUUCUUCGCCACUAAGAAAUUCGGUCCUGCUCUUGCUGAAUAUUUGGACAAAGAAAUUGAUAAAGUAGAAGAUGACUGUAAUGCCGGUCGUAUAGAAGAAGAGAAGUCCUUAACUGAUGCCAUUGAAAGUGAAAAGAAGGAGCAAUGGCGUGCUGAGGGACAAAUGCUUCUCUUCGAUGCGAAGAAAGAAAAUGUUGCACUUCAACUUGAAGCUGCUUAUCGUGAACGUGCUAUGACUGUAUACAAUGAAGUCAAACGUCGUUUGGAUUACCAAGUUGAACGACAAAACAUUGAUCGUCGCAUCUCGCAGAAAUGGCAAGUCCAAUGGGUGAUUGACAACGUUUUAAAAUCUAUCACACCUGAUCAAGAGACACAGACACUCAACAAAUGCAUCGCUGACUUGGGAGCUCUUGCAUCAGCCCGUAAGUAAAACAUCUUUUGACAACAUCAACAACAGCAACCAAUUCCAUCUCCAGGAUAAUUUUAAAAUCUUAAAAACUUAUAAAUUUCUGUUUCUGAAAGUCACGUCAACUGUGAAUUAAAAUUUGUAUUUUCCUCUUCUUUAGAAGGAGGUAAACCUGUGGAAAAAUGUCAAGAAAUUAUUAAGCCACCCAAAAGCAAAUGUUAGUAAAGUUAAAGUUCGAAGAAAUUUCAAACCGAAAUAAAAUUUUGAAAAUCCAAAUUUGUGU